ACAAUUCGUGCGAGUCGGACGAAGUCGGUUUAUUAUUACUCCGAUUUGAAGAAGCCUUUUUGCCUUAGCAUUUUGCAUUGUUUUCAUAUUAUUUUUUUUUUUUAAAUAUAUACAUAUAUUAUUAAAGUUUUUGUUGUUGUUUUAUCGUGUGAUAUAUUAUUCGCUCGUUUAGCUCGUUUUGCGUCGCGCGUUUCGUUCUUGUUGUACUUAGUUACUAUAACAAAAAUAAUAAGUCAACCAAAAAACACACAAAAAAAGCAUUUCAAAAGAUACGCCAAAGCCAAGCGGCAAAAAUUCAUUGAACUCUCACUUGAGUUGCAGUCCGAGCAGAGCAGUUAGCAGCGCAGCGCAGGAGCGACCCAGCAACACAGCAACACAAAACAGCAUCCCAGCCAGCAACAUGUCAGACGGCAUUGAAGUUGAACAAAUCGUCGAGAGCAAGCCGCGAAGGAUGCCACUGGCCACAUCACUGGAUAAGGACGCCAUACGCGAGGCCUACGAGGAUGUCCGCUCCGAUCUCACAGACACCGAGUGGGCGGUCUUCAAAUUCGAUGGCGCACAGAUCAUUGUCCAUGAGCGUGGCCAAUGCUUCGAGGAGUUCCGCCAGCAGUUUGGCGAUUCGGAGCGCGCUUUCGGCUACAUCCGCAUCCAGAUGGGCGAUGAGAUCUCCAAGCGCAAGAAGUUCAUAUUCCUCACAUGGAUCGGACAGGAGGUGGGCGUCAUACAGCGUGCCAAAAUGUCCACAGACAAGGCGCUCAUCAAAGAUGUGCUAAAUAACUUUGCCGUCGAGCUGCAGGCGGGCGUCGAGGCCGAGCUGGACAUUGAGCUGUUCCGUGAGGCAUUGAAUCGUGCCGGUGGCGCCAACUAUGGCACUGGCAUCCGGGACAAUUGAGCAACGAGUAGAAACAGAGCUGCCUUAACGUCGUCGCUUGACAAUCUUCAUAAUUAUUUUUUUUUUUUGUGCAACCUCUUCAAUUGCUGACUUAACUCUGCUACUUUUUUUUACUUAAUUAUUAUGAAUUAAUUUUAUGCGAUCUUAAAAUAUUUACUGUACAUUUUAUGUAAUAUGUAAUAAACAAUAAUUAAACAAGAAAC